AUAUUGGUGUAUGGGAAAAUAUUAAUCAUGAACGUGUUAGACCAUUCAAAGAUAUGCAAGUAUGGGAUGGCAUUAGUAACGCUCGCAUAAGGUUUAAUAGUGAUGACAGCAUCCCUAUUAAUAAAAGUGCAAAAGCCCUCGCUUGGAUCAUAGAAAAUCAUAAUAUUCAACAUGCUAUUCUUACCAAACUUGCACAAUCUAAAGAUAAUAACUUUGACUUUCUCGAAAAUACAACAAUUGGUGCAGAUGGAAUCAAUUCUGUUGUACGCUCGUUUGCUAACAUUGAAUCACUUGGUUGGGAUUAUAAUGCACGUGCAGUGGUGGCUACUCUACAGGUAGACUCACUAAUAGAAAAUGGGACAGCAUGGCAAAGAUUUUUGCCAACAGGCCCUAUUGCAUUGUUGCCGAUAUGUAAACUUCCAUCAAAUAAGUUCAUACAUUUAGUGAAUUCAGCAUUUCACCUUCGAAUUGCUGAUUUAGAAUAUUUAUAUUCUCAAUUGGAAAAUAAUGAAAUUGAUUUUGCAAAAGAAUUUGAGUGGCGUCAAUCUAUUGAAAAAAAAUCAAACACAGGAAAUAACUCUAUAGGAACAUUUCCACCAUUAAUAUUGGAUGUACAAGAAAAAAGUCGUGCGGAAUUUCCAUUAAAGAUGAGAAAUGCAGAAAGUUAUGUAAAAGAAAGGAUUGCUCUUAUUGGCGAUGCUGCACAUACAAUACAUCCACUUGCUGGACAAGGGCUAAAUCAAGGAUUAGCUGAUGUACAAAGCUUAGUCAAAGUCAUUGAACAUGGAGUUGUUACAGGACAAGAUUUAGGAAAUAUACAAUUGCUUAAAAAUUAUUCUUCUGAUAGAUAUUUAUCAAAUCUCAUAAUGUUGGGAGUAGUUGAUAAAUUGCAUAAAUUGUUUGGAAAUGAUUUCGCACCUAUUGUUCUUAUGAGAUCAUUAGGGUUGCAAGUAAUUAAUAAUUUAGAGCCUGUGAAGAAAAAUAUUAGAAUUGGAGGCGAUCUAGUUGAGACUGAAAAUAAUUUUUUUGAAAAAACUCAAGUAUCUGUUCUUGGAUUUGCAGUAUAUUAUCAUGAACCUGAUCGAAGUUUACAUACACAAUAUUUUGAUUACUUUUCUGAUGUUUUGAGUCAUGAUACAUUAUUCGUUAUAAACUGUAUUACAAAGCUUCUUAGUCAUUCUUUUAUGUCAAGAUUUCAUGAAGCUUGUUUUUGGUCAGAUUGUGAACCUCACUACUAUGGGAAGAAUAUCAUUGAUAGUCACUUUGGUGUAUUAUCUAGAUGUUUUUCUGAAGGCGAAGCUACAUGA